AUUCGUGAACCAAUGCCGGAAGGUGGAAGAAGUUUAUGGUGUGCUGAAAAGUAAGAAGUCUUCCGAGGCACAAGCAUCUGGUGCUAGUGGAGCAACUGGCUCUACUUCAGAAAAGGGUAAGAAGAUGGAUGACAGGAAUAUUAAAGAAAAAUUACAAGCUAGACAGUCUGAAGAAAAGUUUAAAAGAAGCGGGAGUCAACAGAGUUGGGACAAUGAAAGACCUAUUGUGCCAAAGUGUGACAAUUGUGGCAGGCAUCACAAGGGCGUUUGUUUGAUGGGCCAGAACGUAUGUUUUAAGUGUGGUAGACCUGGUCACUAUGCGAGGGAUUGUCCCCAGAUUGUGGGAUGGGUUGCUCACGUGCAAGUGGUCUAUGACCCUUCAGCAGCGGCACAUAACGGGGUGUUACAUCUACCAAAUGAAGUGGGCCAAUUGAAAAAUAUUGAUGAGCUUCAUGUCUCUGAGAAUCACUUAUCUGGUAAUAUUCCUGGAACCAUUGGAGAAUGCUCAAGCUUGGAGUACCUUUAUUUGGCCGGGAAUUCCUUCCAUGGAAUCAUACCAUCCUCUAUGGCUUCACUAAAAGGUCUUCGACAUUUAGACCUAUCACGAAAUCACUUGUCUGGAUCAAUUCCUGAUGUUUUACAGAAUAUUGCUUUCUUAGAAUACUUAAAUGUAUCAUUCAACAUGUUGGAUGGUGAGGUACCAACUAAAGGUGUCUUUAGAAAUGCAAGUGAGUUAGCAGUGACUGGAAACAACAAGCUUUGUGGAGGUGUGCUAGAGCUGCAUCUACCGCCAUGCCCUGUCAAAGGUAACCAACAUGCAAAACACCAUAAUUUCAAGUUGAUAACAGCAAUAGUUAGUGUAGUUGCUUUUCUUCUCAUAUUGUCAUUCAUCCUCACUUUCUACUGGAUGAGGAAAAGAAGCAAGAAACUAUCUUCAGAUUCACCAACAAUUGGCCAGCUGGCCAAAGUUUCAUACCAAAACCUACACAGUGGAACUGAUGGGUUUUCAACAAGAAACUUGAUAGGAUCUGGAAGUUUGGGCUUUGUGUACAAAGGAAUUAUUGAGUCAGAAGACACAAUUGUUGUCAUAAAGGUCCUAAAUCUUCAAAAGAAGGGAGUUCACAAGAGCUUCAUUGCUGAAUGCAAUGCACUCAAAAAUAUCCGGCAUCGAAAUCUAGUUAAGAUUUUAACAUGUUGUUCUAGCACAGAUUUCAAAGGUCAAGAAUUUAAAGCUCUUGUUUUUGAGUACAUGACAAAUGGAAGCUUAGAAAGUUGGUUGCAUCCUACAGCAAAUACUGCAAAUCAACCCAAAUCAUUGAACCUUGAGCAAAGGCUAAAUAUUAUUAGUGAUGUUGCUUCAGCAGUACAUUAUCUUCAUUAUGAAUGUGAGCAAGUUGUCAUUCAUUGUGAUCUGAAGCCUGGCAAUGUUCUUCUUGAUGAUUGCAUGGUAGCUCAUGUGAGUGAUUUUGGCCUAGCAAGAUUGCUCUCAAGUUUUGGAGUCUCUCUGACGCAAAGUAGCACAAUUGGAAUAAAGGGAACUGUUGGUUAUGCUCCUCCAGAGUAUGGAAUGGGUUCUGAGGUGUCAAUUGAAGGCGAUAUGUAUAGCUUCGGAAUUUUGAUUUUAGAAAUGUUAACAGGAAGGAGACCCACAGAUGAAAUGUUUAAAGAUGGUCACAAUCUCCAUAAUUAUGUUAAAAGUUCACUUUCGAAUCACCUUUUGCGAAUUGUGGACCUGACUAUUCUUACCAAUGAAGAAAAUGCUACUGACAAUGAGAACCUUGGCCUUAUGCAUCCUAAUGUAGAAAAAUGUUUGCAUUCACUUUUCAAGAUUGCACUUGCUUGUUCAAUGGAAUCACCAAAAGAAAGAAUGGGUAUGAUUGAUGUCAGAAAGGAGCUUAAUCUAAUCAAAAGUUUCUUCCCUUCUGGAAUUUAAUAGAGGUUAUCCAAGAAAAAACAACAUGUAGAGGCCCCAUUAUACUAUUGCUACUAAUUAAU